AUGGCGAGGAUUCAAUCGACCCUCUUGGGUCUCCUCGCCUUCACGAUCCCCACCAUUCAUGCUCUGCGCACUGUCCAGGGUUCACCAUGUACAUCGCUCUGUGGCGACACAUCAAACACCACAUCCAGCGAGAUAUCCUGCAUUGACUCGGCGUACAAUACGACGCAGACAGGCGAAACCUUCGAGAGCUGUGUCUCAUGUCUGCUUGAGAGUAACUUCCAAAAUGCGACGAGCGGAGAGACAGACGUGAAUUGGGGCUUGUACAAUCUGAGAUUUGCGUUCACCUCAUGUGUCUACGACUAUCCAGUGCCCGUCACCAAUGUGUCUACGCCCUGCCUGGUCUCAUGUACAACCCUGGGACCAGCGCUCGAGAUGCAAUUGACGGAUCCAGUUGGCAGCGAUCUCUCCAGCUUCUGUAAUUCGACUUUCUUUGCAGACAAUGUCGUGACAACAUGUGAGAAUUGUUAUACCUUAACGACGGAACAAGCAUAUCUCACAAAUUUCUUGGAAGCUGUCCGCUACAAUUGUCACUUUCCUAAUGACCCUGGCGUGGCGUAUUCUAUCACCCCCGAUCGUAUCUUCAACGAUACAGAACUACCGAGCACUACCAAUUCCUACGGCGCCACCACCUCAGCUACAUCUACUGGCGAAUCCAAUGUCAAGAAAUAUCUCACGGUCAUUAUUGUAAUGCCUAUUAUUGGGUUUUUGGCUAUCUCAGCCCUGACAGCUCUCUGCUGUUUCUGCCUCAUCCAGCGCCGACGCAGGCUCGCAGAAGAACGCCGCAGCAACCAGCGUAAUCGCUGGGCAACUGGAACUUUUACUGCGGCAUGGCAACCUGCCUGGACUAAUUAUCCCGGCUCACCGUACCAGCAACAAUUUGCAAUGGAGAGUACCGCUCCCUUUGGUUCGGCUCCGUUUGGCUCUGCUAUUCCGGGAAAGGGGUUCAACGUGGUUGAAUCUGACGGCAAGACGUACGAGGCGGGUUACUCGACACAGUACGUCACGCCUGUGAGUGAGGAUGGCUCCGAUAUGAAGCAAUCAUUCCAGUUCAGAAAUGAAUCUACAAGUACGCAAGGGCAGGACAUAAAACACGCAGAGAGCUACCAAGAAUUCUUCGCAUCGCCCGGGGCGCCCCAUGCAUUAUAA